AUGGUAAUAAUCUUCUAUUUUGCUUUUGGUUCAGAUCAACCACAGCCCCAAAGUAACCACAGAGGAACACGCAUGGAGGUCAGAGGACCUGCCGGACUUUUCUCCUGGGAUCUUCUAUUUUCUUUGCGUGCUCCGGCCUCCGUUAAGGCCGGUGAGCAGGUCUUUAUACAAUACGACAUUAACAAGAGCAAUGCUGAGUUGGCUUUGGAUUACGGCUUCAUAGAGUCCACCCCAGAGCGCAAUGCCUAUACCAUAACCUUACAGAUAUCUGAAUCAGAUGAUUUCUACGACGACAAGCUAGACAUUGCUGAAAUGAAUGGUCUAGGGGAAACGGCCUAUUUCGACAUCAAUCUGGGCCGCCCUCUUCCGCCACAAUGCUUCCGUAUCUGCGGCUGGUGGCACUGGGGGGAACAGAUGCCUUCCUCCUUGAAGCCCUCUUCAGGAACACGGUAUGGGGCCACCUUGAAUUGCCCGUUAGCCGUGCCAAUGAAGAGCUCAUUUGCCGAGUUAUCUGUGAAGCUUGUAGCGAUGCCCUCUCUGGUUAUCCUACCACAAUUGAAGAGGCCUAUAUACCUUGCAAAGCACCUAAGUGCAAAAUGCAAAAGUUACCAGGCAUGGCUUGAGUUAGUAUUAGACAAGCUUGUUGGAACAUCCCAGAAAGUUAUACUAAACAAGUACAAAUUGCAGGAU